UCUUCACUAUUGGAAAAAAAAUCUCCCAGUGUCAAAACAUACUUAUUCGAGCAUUAGAUAGGGAGAGUUUUUUGUUCCACAUUGAGGUUAGAUUUCAAUCUUCUUUACCAGAAAGUUUCUAAACUCAAAGUGAAACGCGCUGUUAAAAUUCCUCCUCUUGAACUCGCACACAGUAACUGUUAUUAUUAAUUGGAAUAAUGUAUUAUUGUGGCGAGUAUAAUUUUACGGAAAUUUGGGUCGACAGUGGAAUAAACCGGUGCUUCUACGAAACCGUCUGGUCCAUCGUUUUGGUGGCCUUUAUGACAAUAGCCGGAUCGGGACAACUAGCGACCUACGCCAAAUAUGGGAGAAGGAUAGACCGUAACUUCAAGCCCAGUCCCGUGGGACUGGUGAUACAGCUUACGAUAGUGGUGAUCCUGAUGAACGAAGUGAUGGUCCAUGUCAUCCUACACGACACCACCAUUGGGACCCGCGACCUAUCAGGGUCCCACGUGGUGGUGCUCUUCAGUAUGUUUUACGUGUGGUCCUUCUCCAUGCGACUCCUCCUCUUGGAGAGGAACGAGACCCUUCCCAGGUUUGUCCGGGGGCACGGGUUCGCUCUCCUAGUGUUCUGGACUUUAGUGUUUGUCAAGGAGAGUUUGUAUUUUAUUUCUUGGAACAGCAAGAUUUAUUGGUGGAAUGAAGAUACUGUGUCUAAGAGAGUGGAGUUUGGACUUUGGUUGAUCCGGUACAUUGGAAUCAUCAGUCUCCUAGUUCUAGGAUUCUGGGCCCCAAGUCUUCCGAGAAGCUGUGCCCAUCUAACCACACGCAUCAGAAAGGAGCCAAAGACAAACCUUAAAGAGUCUACGUGGAAGGGUCUAAAAGAAAACAUUCGCAUGAUGAUUCCUAUAGUCUGGCCGAAGGGGAGUUUUUGGCGCCAAUUUCUGGUGUUCGUCUGCUUCAUCAUCUUGGUCUCUGGAAGAGUUGUCAACCUGUUUGUUCCAGAAUAUACCAAACGUAUAGUCGAUAGUUUGACGCCCACCAAGACUGAGUCUGGUGAACUAAUUGCCCCUGUGUUUAGAUGGGACCUGAUCCUGCUCUACUGUCUGCUUCUAUUUAUGAGGGGAGGAGGAACAGGUACCACCGGGUUCCUGAACAAUCUGCGCGCCUUUCUGUGGAUCCCCAUUCAGCAAUACACCACUCGCCGUAUCCAGCUCAAAUUUCUCCGCCAUCUUCACAGUCUAUCCCUGCGUUGGCACUUGGAAAGGAAGACGGGAGAAGUUCUGAGGACAAUCGACCGAGGAACAACCAGCAUUAACAGCUUACUGGGGUACAUUUUAUUCAAUAUUUUCCCGACCAUCGUCGAUGUAAUCCUCGCCAUCAUGUACUUCGUCCUGGCGUUUAACUACAUCUUCGGAAUAAUCACCUUCAUGUGCAUGCUGUUUUACUUAGGCAUUACGAUUCUGAUCACAGAAUGGCGAACUAAAUACAGACGUCUUCAGAAUCGCCUGGACAACCAGAGAAACCAGACCGCUGUCGAUUCCCUGCUCAACUUCGAAACGGUGAAGUACUAUGCUGCUUCAGAUUUUGAAAUCGGAAGAUACGAUAAAGCAAUCCACAGUUUUCAGUUGGCGGAGUUCAAAUCCACUGCGUCGCUUAACCUGCUGAGCUGCCUCCAGAAUAUCACGAUUACAGUGGGCUUCUGCGUGGGGUCACUGCUGUGUGCCUACUGCGUGGUGGACGACAUCGACGGACUCAAGCUGACCGUGGGGGACUACAUCCUGUUCGGGACCUAUAUCACUCAGCUCUACGGACCCCUCAACUGGAUCGGCACCUACUAUAGAAUGAUUCAACAGGCGUUCAUUGAUAUGGAGAAUAUGUUUGAACUGUUGCAAGAAAAACCUGAGAUUAACGAUCCAAUGGGCGCUUCCGGUCUGGUUCUACAUGGAGGACAAAUUGAAUUCAAGGAUGUUUCAUUCAGCUACACAAAAGAGCGGCCAAUCCUGAAGAACCUGUCUUUUACAGUUCCAGCCGGACAAACGUUUGCAUUGGUUGGCCACUCAGGAAGCGGUAAAAGUACCAUUGUCCGUCUUCUGUUCCGUUUCUAUGACAUUCAAGGUGGCGCCAUUCUUAUUGAUGGGCAAGAUAUUUCACAGGUAACACAGGUCUCCCUCCAGAAACAGAUCGGGGUGGUCCCGCAGGACACCGUGCUGUUUAACCAGGACAUCCGGUACAACAUCCGGUACGGGAACCAGGAAGCUGAUGACGUGGACGUGCUGGAGGCGGCCGAGGCGGCGGAUAUACACAACAGGAUCCUCAGCUUUCCUGAGGGCUAUGAAACAGUGGUUGGAGAGAGGGGGUUAAAAUUGAGCGGCGGCGAAAAACAACGAGUGGCCAUAGCCAGAACCAUACUGAAAAACCCAGCUAUCGUUCUUCUUGAUGAGGCGACAUCGGCUCUGGAUACAAGCACAGAGCGAUACAUCCAGGCCUCCCUGGAAGAGAUCUGUCGUAACCGCACUACUAUAAUCGUGGCUCAUCGACUGUCUACGAUCAUACACGCUCACCAGAUCUUAGUGAUGAAGGAGGGAGAGAUCAUAGAGAAGGGCAGACAUGAUGAGCUGUUAUUGCACGGAGGAUUUUACAAGGAGAUGUGGAAACAGCAACUACAGAACCAUACCGAUAAAGACAAUGGCGCCUUAAGCUCUACGUCAUCAACUGGCUCAGCAGACGACGGUGCCAGCUGAUGAAAAGCCUUCCUAGAUUGGGAUACUGCUGUUAUAAUAAGAAUACAUUGUUAAAAAAAACCCUGCCAUGAACCAUUUGUUAUUCACAAAGUGAAAUAUUUAUUAUAUAUGUCAAAUUUUAUGGAUGAAUGGUUGAGAAGAGAAAGGGAUCCCAAAAAAGUGUUAGUCUUUGAAUGUACGAAUUCUAUAAAAUAGUAUGAAUAAAACUAAGGUAUUUUUAGUAUUACGUAUGAAUUAUGUCUGAGUAUUACAUAUGAGAUACAUGUAUUUUUAAAUAUAUAAAUAUGAGGUUUAUAUGAGUAUUUCGUCUGUGAUAUGGUUGAGUAUUACAUAUAGGGUAUGUUUGAGCAAUAUGUAUGGGGUAUGUUUGAGUAUUACAUAUGGGGUAUGUUUGAGCUUUACGUAUGAGGUAUGUUUGAGCACUAUGUAAGAGGUAUGAGCAUAACGUAUGAGGUAUUAUAUAAUUACUUUAUUGAGAGGGGUUGUAUUAGCGUGCACAAUGUUACCGAUCUGUUGCUGAUGAUUCUGACACUCUUGGUUGUAUACUUAUAAAUGUUCAAUGUAACUUUUGCAUGUUGAAGAAAAAAACCAAAUGUUGAUUAUACUUACAGCUAAAAGAAUCGUGAAUUUAUUUUGGGGGGG